AUGACAAAAACUAGAGCUUCACAUUUUAUUAAUCUAGGACCAGCCAAUCGAAUAAUCGCCAUCGAUACAUUGUCGAAAACUGUUACAUGUGAACCCAGUGUGACAAUGGAGGAACUAGUCGAUGCACUACUUCCAUAUAAUUUAGUUCCGGCUGUUGUUCCCGAAUUUAAAUGGUUAACAGUUGGCGGUAUAUUGGCUGGAGCAGGACUUGAAAGUUCGAGUUUUCGUUAUGGACAGUUUGGUGAUCUAUUAAUAGAAGCAACAUAUAUCUUAAGUAAUGGUCAAAUCAUAAUUUGUAGUCCGACGAAAAAUUCUGACCUAUUCUAUAGAGCAUUAGGUGCAUGUGGAACAUUUGGAUUAUUGAUUCGAGCAACAUUGAAUGUUCUGGAGGUGAAAUCAGAUUGUUUCGUACGAUGUAAUUAUUUUCGAACAAAUCAACCUAUGGAAAAUUUAACAUCACUUCUUCAACAUGAUUAUGUUGAUGCGAUUGUUUUCUCAGAUUAUACAGUGAUUAUUACAGGAGAACGAAUUGAUAAGUUAAAAUUGCCAAAAACAGCCAAAAUACAAACAUUUUCAAAAGCAUGGAAUCCAUGGUAUUAUCAACAUAUUAAAGCAGUUCACAGUAAAAGUAAUCUUACAAUGAUCACUGAAUAUGUACCGCUCAAAGAUUACUUAUUUCGAUAUGAUCGUGGUGCAUUUUGGAUGGGUCGUUAUAUAAUAAAUCCAUUGCAAGACAAAGUUCAAUGUUAUCCACGUUAUAUUCGUAAUUUAUUAAAUUUGUUUCCUUUUGGAGGUUAUAACAUAUUGAGUAGAACAUUACUUGCACCUAUUAUUACUACAUUUUCACUCUACAAACGUCUUCAUGCUUCGCCAAUGUCAACAAUUGCUGAAACUUUAUUUUUUCAAGAUAUUUACAUUCCAAAAUCGAAAGCUAAAGAAUUUCUGACUUUUUUACAGUCGGGAACGUUCUUUAUGGAAGAUGGCGGUAUUCUUGAACCGAUUUGGCUUUGUCCGAUUCGUUCAACACUUACAUCACAAAAAUUGAGUCCACAUUUUUGGAAAAAUGAUAGAAAUGAUGAUCAAUCAUUCAUCGAUUUUGGUCUGUGGACUCAUCAAUCUAAUUGGCAAAUAGGAUCGUGUAGUGUUCGACAUGCGACAAAAGCAUUAGAAGAAGAAGCCAUGAGAUUAGGUGGACGAAAAAUGCUGUAUGCACACUCUUACUAUUCAAGAGAUCAAUGGUUUAGUAUCUAUGAUGUUGAGUGGUAUAAGGCAAUGAAGAGAAAAUGGGAUCCGGAUUAUGCUUGGGGAGAUUUAUAUGACAAAUUGAUCAGUUAUUAG